CCUCCGGACUUGCCGUUUCGGAUGGUACGCAUCGGUAGUUACACACCCGGUGCCGAUUCUUCAAGUCCUUGGACAUUGCCGCCUUGAGCCCCCACAGAAGAAAUCAACCAUUAAGAACGAAGAGGUGAUCAAUUCUAAAACAACGUACACACGCGGCAAAUGGGAAGACAAAUCGUUCGAAAUGCGUCAUUUAUUUUGUGCCGCAGUGCAAGAUCGAGUAGUAGCUACACUUUCGUUCGAGUGUGGGAUGAACCAUCGCGUCGGAGAUCGUAGUUCUAGUUUUGGAUCCACGUCAGGUAAUUUUCGUCUAUCCCCCUCAACUUUUUGGCGAGACCUUCGAGAGUGAUAAUUGUGUGUUCUUCACUGGCUAGGUCUUAGUUUCAAACUUUUAAUUGACUUAAUUCUAAAAAUGGAGCCAAGUAGUUCCUGGAAUGCAGGAAGGCGAAGUACUGCCUCAAAUCAGGGCAUUUCACCGUAUGCGGAAAACUACCGACCUCAGAUUGCAUCGAGCCAGCGACAUUUGAUCAUCCAUCGGCAGGUGGUGGCCAAACUUUCCCGGAAGGAACUCGAGGACAAAUACAUCAAUAUGUGCGAUGAAAAUUUCUGCAUAAAAAAAAACUUCCACGAACAAAGCGAGCAGGUCAAGAAGCUGAAAGCCAAACUGCAAAGGCUGUCGACGGAAACGGGGAGAUCGCUCCCCGGAAGUAACUUCAGUAAAAUUUUCGACCUGGAAUCGCAGCGUCUUGAAUUGCGGGACAAGCUGGAGUCCCUGAGAAUAAAUCACGAAAGGAAACUGACACAAGCGCAACCCAUUGGCGGGUUUCAGAAACGGCCGUUUCCCCAGAACAGAGCUACGAGUGCCCCCCAUCAGCAUCAACAGCAACAUCAGCACCGGCAACGACAGGAAACCAAAAAGAAAGAUCGCCCUACGACUAGCGGUAGUAGCAAAAACAUGGCUAAAGACAAAAAUUACGACGAAGAUCGGGAUGUGGUUUCCUAUUCGGAAGAUGACGAAGAAGACGAGGAACCGGAUCAGGAGCAACCGGAACCGGGAACUAGCGCUAAAGCUCCAGUGACUAAAAGUUGUUCUACUUGCGACGUCAUGAAGCUGGAACGCGUGGCUUUGGAUGCUGAUUUGGUUAAGCUGGAAAUGGAGGUUAAUUUUCUACAGAAGGAAAUUCAAAACGAGAAAGAAAAAAACAGUUUGAUAGCUAAACAAAUGGAAGAGAAAGUUUCCUUCGAAGUGAUGAAACGAAACGCAGCGGAAAAUAUCGAAAUUCGCAAUCUAACCAAAACUGUCGAAGAUUUGACCAAACAGCUACAGGAUCGACAGAGUGAAGAUCAAAAGGCCACAGAAGAGGACGAUGAGAAACGAGCUCAUCUAGAGGAGCGAAUUCGCAACGAGAAAGAUAACAAUGAAAAAUUGUUUGAGGAAGUUCAACGGGGCAAAAGGAUCAUCGAUGAAAUGAAACAACAGAUGUCAGAGAUCGAGAAAGUAUGCGAUUUUCUCCUAUGGAAGCAGCAGAAUCAAAUAACGAUCCACAACGAAAACAAACAGCUUCACUCAGAGUUGAAAACUAUCCACCGGCAAGGCCAGGAACUCUGCUCUCGAAUCGAGCAGCUACGCACGGAAGAAGAGCUAACCCGAACCCAGCAGCAACAUCUUUGGGAACGCCUUCGAAUGCUCCAGCAGGAUGAUGACGUCUUCUCGGUUCUUCUCGAAUGUUUAAGGGCCGAUGACCUUUCACUGCCGGAAGAGAAAGCCCUGUUGGAGAUCGAGCGUGAUUUCCUGCAGCGGCAGCAGGAGAACUUCACCAAACUGCUGGACGAGAACAAGCUGCUGCGCUUCCAGCUGGAUGAAGUUCGUGCCCACGGCGAUGAGUUGAGUUUGCAGCUGGAAAACGUGCAGGAAGCGGAAGUGGUGGCCAAGGCCGCCCAGCAGCAGCUUCUGGAGCGACUCAAGGCUCUCCAGGCGGACAACGACCAGUUGCUCGUUUCGCUGGAAGGGCUGCGAUCCGAGAACGGCUCUCUGAUGGAGGAACGGAACAUUCUCGAGGAUUGCUAUAAAACUUUGCAAGUUCAAUUUCAAAAGGACGCUCGCUUUACUGCGGUAGAGCGAGCUGAAUGUGAGGUGCAAACGAUACCAGUUGAAGAGAAGCUUCAUGAGACACGCCUCGUGGAACAAGCAGAACGCGAGGUUCAAACAUUGCCGGUUGAAGAGAAAAUUGCCGAAAAAAGGCGUGUAUUACAAUCUGUCUGUGCAGUACAAACGUUACCGCUGGAAGAACUGAUUUCUGGAAAACGUACCGUAGAACAAGCUGACUGUGAAGUACAAACGUUAGCAGCUGUUGAAGAGAGCUCACCUGUUAAAACACAUGUAGAUCGAGCUGACAGUGAGGUUCAAACGGUACCUAUUCAAGAGAGAUUUUUUCCGAGCUCAAGAGCAUCCCACCAACAUAAAAUAUUGGAAUUCGAGGAGGAAGCACCGGAAUCGGAACAGCUCAUCGAAGACGACGGAGAAGAUAACCUACAGGGGGAAGCGUUUUACAUUCCGUUGGUGAUUCCCAGCGUUUCCAAAAUGUCGUCAACGUACACAGAUAUUUCACAAACAAUAAAAGAUAUGAGGAUUUCGCGUUCAGCCCGUUCCUCGAGGGGCAGAGUCGUCAGUGAGAAACCGUCGAUUUCUUUGGAACACGAAGAAGUACUCCCACCAAGACAAGUUCGCAUCAGUCACAUACUACCGAGGUUUUCGAUCCUAGCGAGGAACUUUCUACAGGAGCCUGAAUCAUCCCGGGAUCACAACGUGUCGCUGCUGCUGGCUAACGCUAUUACGAAAAGAAUCCACUCCAACGAUGCGAGUACUGCCGGAAGCAGCAGACGCAGAGAUUCCUGGGCUUCGGGUAAUUCGGUGACGUCUUCCAGCGGCGAUCGGAGGCGGAUUUCGUUCAAGGACGAUACGGAAUGGUUCCAUCAGCAGAUGCCCCGGUCGGCCAUCUCUUCGGUAUUCGAAGGCGAAUACAAGACUGAAGAUCUGGACACGCAUAACGAGUAUGCCUCACUACACGAGGAGCACCACAGGAUUCGCAAAUACUCCAAGGAUUUGGUUCACCCGACGGAUUACAUCGCCCUAACGAUCAAAUCGGUCCACUGGCACCCGGCAACGAUGGCCCGGCUGUUGGAGCGCAAGGUGCAGCACUUUUACGUGGAGCUGCAAUUCCUGGACGAAAGCGGCUCCUACCAGAUGGAAACGAGCACGGCCGAUCUGCUCGGCGAGGGAGGCAUGCGGGAAAUACCGGGCCCGGAUUUCAUGUUCGACCACAGGAUCAUAUUCAAACUGAACGAACCGAGGUACACGCGUAGGCGGGAACUGCUGCGCCGGAUGUUGGAGCCCAACGGGAAGGAUAAGGUUCGAUUUUCGAUCGUCCACGAGCAUCUACAGGUGCAGAAUUGUACCGAUAUUGGGUUUGCAUCGUUUCGACUAAGGCAGGAAAUUCAGAGGUGCCCGCUCGAGAGUAUUGCCACGAUUGAAGUCCCUAUCUACGACGUGGUGUCCCCGAAAGACGAAAUGGGUUACCUGUGGGUUCAACUCGAGGGUAUCGAAUUGCUGAGGACUAGUCUAUAGGACGCUUUUCUCUACAUUACA